CCGGCUGAGGAGAGCGGCGGGCGGUGAUGGAGCGCGGCGAUGGAGCGCUGCCCCUCAGCCGCCUGCCCGAACCCCUGCUCCGCCGCCUCAGCGAGCUGCUGGACCGCGCCGCGCCUGGCCAGGGCUGGCGGGAGCUGGCGCAGCGAGCGGGGAGCCGCGGCACGCUCCGCCUGAGCCCUGUGGAUUUGGAGCAGUGCUCCCUUCAGGUGCUGGAGCCAGAAGGCAGUCCCAGCUGGAGUCUGCUGAAUAUAUUUAGUGACAGAAAUGUUCUUUGCUCCAAGGACAAUUUAAAUGCAAAUAUAAAUUACAGACUUGUAUUUUUUCAUGACUUUCSUAUGUAUAAAUUCUGUUUUAAAGGUAUAAAGAUUGUUAUACAGCCAGAUUCUCAAGCAGUGCUCUCUGGUCAGGUCAUCAAGCUGUGUUGCUGGRCAACAGGACACCCAUUCGUGCACUACCAGUGGUUCAAGCAGGAAAAAGAGGUUCCUCAUGGUAAUUCUCCAGAGCUGGUUCUGGGUCCAGUGAGUGUAAAGGAUUCUGGUUUUUACAUCUGCCGAGUGAACAGUGAAUCUUCUUUCACGUUCAGUCGUUGGGCACGCCUUGAAGUUCGUGAACUUCAGGAUACAUCUCAUGGGAGCUUAAUGGRUUUGCCCGAAAACAAGUUGUGCAUUUGUAUUCAGCCUCAGCCACAAAACCUGACAGUGGGGGAUGCCUUGGUACUAGAAUGUGGAGCUGUUGGAAACCCAAUUCCUCAUUACCARUGGUUCAGAAAUGGAUUUCCCUUGGCAAGUGGGAGCAAAAAUGUCUACACAGUAACUUACGUGGAUGUGGAACAUCAAGGAACAUAYUGGUGUCACGUAUUCAAUGACCAGGAAGACCAGGACAGCAGGAAGGUUGAAGUUGUUAUAGGAAGGAAWGCUAUGGCGGUGGAGUGCACAGAAGAAGAUUUAAGUGAUCUUCAGGAAUCGGCAGACCCUCAAGAAGAGUCGAGCGACAGGCCUGUAGCCACAGACAAGGUGGCUCUGCUAAUAGGAAACAUGAGCUACUGGAAUCACCCCCAGCUCAAGGCUCCAAUGGCAGAUGUCUAUGAAUUGACCAAUUUGCUAAGGCAGCUGGAUUUCAAAGUUGUUUCUUUGCUGGAUCUUACUGAGUCUGAGAUGCGAAAUGCAGUGGAUGAAUUUUUACUUCUCCUGGAUGAAGGCGUUUAUGGUUUGUUAUACUAUGCUGGCCACGGCUAUGAAAACUAUGGGAACAGUUUCAUGGUUCCUAUUGAUGCUCCAAAUCCCUACCGCUCAGCAAACUGCCUGUGUGUGCAGAGCAUCCUCCGGCUGAUGCAGGAGAAGCAGACGGGACUCAACGUCUUCCUGCUGGAYAUGUGUCGCAAAAGAAAUGAAUAUGAUGACACARUUGUUAUCUUGGAUGCUCUGAAGGUUACGGCCAACAUUGUUUUUGGAUAUGCAACGUGCCAAGGAGCAGAAGCUUUUGAAAUUCAGCAGUCGGGGUUGGACAAUGGAAUCUUCAUGAAGUUCCUGAAGGACCGUUUGUUAGAAAACAAGAAAAUCACUGUUCUGCUUGAUGAAGUUGCAGAAGAUAUGGGCAAGUGUCCCCUUACCCAAGGCAAGCAAGCCCUGGAGAUCCGCAGCAGCUUGUCAGAGAAAAGGGCACUGACUGAUCCCAUUCAACAGAGCACAUCUUCUGCAGAGUCCCUGGCACGGAACCUGCAGUGGGCCAAAGCUCAUGAGCUCCCAGAAAGUAUGUACCUUGAAUUCCAGUGUGGUGUUCAGAUUCAGUUGGGGUUUGCAGCUGAGUUCUCCAAUGUCAUGAUAAUCUAUACACGGAUAGUAAAGAACCCCCCUGAAAUUGCAGCUUGCAGAGCCCAUGUCACAGACUUCCCACUCGACCUCGAUGUAGAUCCUAAAGAGGCCAAUAAAGGAACUCCUGAGGAAACUGGAAGCUAUUUAGUAUCAAAGGACCUUCCCAAACACUGCCUCUACACCAGGCUGAGUUCACUGCAAAAACUAAGGGAACACUUGAUCUUCACUGUUUGCUUGCACUAUGAGCAUUCAGAAAUAGAAGAUGCAAUGGAUGAAAGGAAAGAAGUUAAUGUUGGGAAGCCCCUUAUUGCUAAAUUAGGUCUUCAUCAUGGAUUCAAAACCAAGAACUGUCCUCAGACCUGUUGCAUGCCUGGUUAUCCUUUUCAUAAUGCAGUAGAAUCGAGUCCAGAGGCAGCUAAAUACUACAUCCCUAGUCAUUGCCAACCCAGUUCCUGUCCACGUGUUUACCAUCCAAACCAUACUUGCUCAGCCAGCAUCACACAACCAGAGGCAUCUUCUUGCAAUAGGACUUCCAGGAUACUGGCUUCAAGAAAUGAAGUACAGAAUUAUUCACCUGCUGUGGAAAGGAGUAAUGUACCAGUAGAGACCACUGAUGACUCUGUUGAACUGGAAUUCUUCACCUCUGACAGCCUCAGCUUCUCUGAAUAGCAGGAACUGGGAUGUUUUUGGAAUAGACAUCUGUGAACAGAGGGGCUUCCACACUGCUUCUCCAUCUUCUGGAGUUUGGAGGCUUCUUGACAAGGCACUGGAGAGUCCAGAGCAGAUGCUGGGAAUGAGGCUGGGAUGAAAAUUUUUCAGAACCAAAGAGACAAAAUUGGACUGAUAGAUUUAGGAAUGAAAAACACAUGUUGUUUUGGUUGGUUUUUUUUUUCCACCUACUGUUUGUUGCUUGAUACAGGGAAAAAUCUCAGCUCAGAGUUUCCUAUUCCUUUCUCUGGCCAUCRUAUGUUAGGAUCAGUCACUGUGCCUUGGAUGUAGUCAAUAACUGGCUCUGACUGCAUUCUCUUCUCUGAUGGUCCAGUGUCCAGUGUCUCAGAUGGCAGCAUCUGAGAUGGAUUAAGAUCUGUGCAAGAAACCCAAAACCUGGUUCUUCGGGCAAGCUACAAGUGACAGCCAUUUCCUUAGGCCCAGGUCCAGGAAAGCACUUUAAAAGUUCAACAUGCAUAAAUUAAGUUAACAUUUAAAUCUCAGUGAAAUUGGUGGGAUUAWAAGACAAGCCUAAACCUAGGCAAAUGUUAAAGCUCUCUUUGGCUUGUGGUGCCCUUUCUGAAUUGAAGCCUCAGGGUUUGUUAUUUUCUUGCGGYGCAGUUAUUUGGAGAUAAUUAUUUUUUCGAAGUAUCUGGCAGGCCAAGUAACUUUGCCCUCUGCUUUAGCAUUACUGUGUGGUUUUGUGUAACUCAGGUGUUUGUUACCCGGGUUUGGCWGUUGAAUAGGUUUAGAAAAAAAGGUUUAAGGUAAUCCAAAUAAACUCAGGCUUCUCUGGCAAAAGAAGAGUUCAUAUGCUUGAGAAAGUCCAAGACACUUCUUCCRUUGUCCCUCACCAUACUGCAGUAAGGUGGGAGUGACUUUACUUUCUGUACCUCCAUGGAGCUCUGAUGGCAGACUCUUCUUGUUGUCCUGACAGUCCUGAAACUGCCUCUGGCUCCAGAAAACCAUCUGUACCUUGGAACGGUUAAGCAGAACAUUUCAGCACUGAUGUUGCAGUCUCUGCAGUUACUGCUUUGGUUCAGCAUCAACUACUUUUCCUCAUUCUGUCAGCUAAUUAGGAACUUUGGCAGCUCAUAUGCAGUGAGCUCUUGGGCUAUGUUCACCUUGACAUAAACUUCUCACUUAUGUGGGUGUGUUUCAGURUUGCUUCCUCCUUGCACAGAAUUUUACUUUAGGCACAGUAAGAUCUGCUCUCUUUUUUAGAGUGUAGCAUUUUGAGCUACACGGUUUUUGCUGGGAAUUGGAGAGAGGUUUAAAGUAUCAGGUGGAGAAAACCAGGUUGGGAAUUUCAGGGAGUUUGGUUUGGUGUUUUUAAAGAUUGAUCAUUUAUUCAUGAUUUAUUAUUUAUUCAUUGCAGCAGUCUAGAAAUUGAGAGAGGACACCUCCAYGUUCUGGAAAUUAGGCAGUUACUAAUUUCAAAGGCAUUGCUGCAGCAGUUUAGUCAUCCCAAGCUUAUUUUAAGAGCUAAUGAGAAGAAAUGCUGUCUCCCAUCCUUACUGUUGGCACGCAGCGAGCAGGAGCCCAGGAUCCCUGUGGAGGUGUGUUACCACAGCGACAGCCUUCAUCUCUGGUGGAUGCGGGAGCAAGGGGCCAGGACUUCCCCAUCUGCCCUUCAGAUAGAAGCUGCUGGCAUUCUGCUUUCAGCUUUCAAAGUCACUUGCAGUUAGGAUGAAAACUCUUCAACCUGUUACACAAAUUUCUUCACUACACAUAAGAUGUAGUGAAGAUGCUUCUUGGGCUCUCUGAUGRCUUAAUGUGGUGGUUAAUAGUAUGCAUGACACCUGCCUUGCAGGACCAGGAUUAGUCCAGAAAUUUUUCAGGACUGCUUUGAGAUACUAAUAAUGUACCAAAUCCAGUAUUUYUUGGUAUGUAAGAAGCAUGACAGUUUUUUAAGAAGGUACAAAGUCACUAAAAUACCGGUUUGCUGAUUCUCAAAGCUUUGGAGUCUUUGUUUCAUGCCUGCUUUAAGGAUACACAGAAAACUGCUGCAGAUUCUGGUUCGGUAUUGCAGCUGCAAGAAAACAYGUUCUUGAAACACCCAUUGGAUUAUCAACUCUGAUUUUAGUGGAAAUGGGGGUUCAUUUUAACCAGAAAAUAGCUGUGCUUCAUGCCAAGCGCCAUUUACCUUUGCUGGCAGGUAGAGAACUCCAGCUGCAGUUUGCACCUCAGUGCAUCCCAGCACAGAAAUCAGAGGUGGGACUCAUUACCACUGCAGAGCCUCCUUGCUAGUUUCUUUCAUGCUGUGUGCAUUGGGAUAAUGCAGGUUUUAACACGGGUACAACAUGCAUUCCUUUGGUGGGAUGCAUGGGGGCACGCUGCAUGCCAGCUGGGUGCAAUASGAGUGAGUUUUACUUGGAAUGAGGUGUUUUACCCUCUUCUCUGUUGUUCCCUUGCCACCAGAAUUCCUUCUCCUUUCUAAUCUGCUGAGAAGAGCCACAUGCCCAGGAGGCCCUUAGUAGCCUGUGUAUGCUGGGACACCUUUACACCUACCAACAUCCUGGUUCUAUAAAAKAAAUCCAUGGGAACUCUACAUCUCUGCUCCUGGCAACCCAGUAAUCUCUUUGUUUCUUUWUAAGCUCUGAUAAACAAAAACCUUUUGUUUUGUGGAGACUGUAGGUUUCCACAACUGGAAAAGCUCUGUCAGAUGUCAUGUAACAGUUCUUAACAGAAUAUGGUAUCUAAGAAGGAUUAAACUCAGGUUUGUUACUUAAAGAUUCCCAAGAGAAAUAACUGCCUUUUCUCAACUAAUUCUAUUUACAGUUAUUUUCCUCUUAGACUCAUUAGUUACGGUAUUUUCUUAUUGCUAUAGUCUUGGUACUAGCCAACAGUCACAAUACAGUUAAUAUAUAAUAUAUAGUUAAUAAUAGGGCUGUCUUGAGAAUGGUAUUAGUAAUGUUUUCCUYAUACAAGUGAUCCUGAGUCAUUGGUGACAGCAGCUUGUCAAGCUGGCAGAUGGUGCCUCUGUAAGAAAACAUGUUUUCUUGCCUUGCUCCUUAGUUCAUUCCCAGACUGAGCAAAGAGAACUCUGUAGUAGCAUCUGUUGAUGGAAUAGUUCCUGUUAAACUCCAUCUGCCUUCCAGCUCUAGGAUGUUCAAACUGUGGUGUAUAUGCAAGGUACAAAAGGUGUAAUUAUGAUUCUGAUAUAUCACAAGCUGGAGUGGGUUUAGUUUUGUGAGAUGUAUAUUUGUGGACAGUUCUAAGAAGUAAUGCAAAAUCUCAUGAAUAGAGAGAUGAUGCUCAGCAGCUGCCUUUACAGCCUGCAUUGUUAUUUGCACCCAUGCAGUGCAAGAUGGAGAUUUUGCCUGAUCUGAAGCCAAGCCAGUUCUUGCAUGGUGGGUGCGGUGGGAGCCUAACUUCUGAGGCAGAGGUUCCAGGGGGGCAGGGACAAAGAGAAAAAAUCCCUAGGGCUAUAAGGGAGGAUGAGUGCCCCAGCCAAUGUGAGCCUGUAAUCUGGCCAAGCAGGCACAGGCAUCCCCCAGCACUGCCAGCAGUGACAGCAGUGGGUGCCCUGCCAGUGGCUCCUGGUGGCCACC